CUCCCAAAAUAGAGAUAAGCUCCAACCACACAGACCCAUCAAAAACCCAGAGAAUCAAAAACCUUGCUAAACCCCUCUCCACUCUUCAGAAUGCAAAUCUCUCUGACCAUAACACCCUCCAAAGCCCCUCUCCUAUUCCCUCUCCACCACCCCAUUUCCCAAACCCCAAAACCCAACAGAGCCUCACUCCCAACCUUCUCCAAUCCCCUCAACUCCAUCAAGUCCUCCUCACCUUAUCUCUCUGCAGUGGGCCGGGCCAUCGAAGAUGACGAGUACCGGAUAGCCAGGAACCAGGUUCUCCGGAAAGGUGUGGACUUGGAAGGCUACUCCAUUGAGGGGUCCUCAGUUGGAGGACAUGAGACUUGCAUUAUCAUCCCUGAGUUUAAGUGUGCUUUCGACAUCGGUAGAUGUCCCUCCAGAGCUAUUCAUCAGAAUUUCCUGUUCAUCACUCAUGCACAUCUUGACCACAUUGGUGGGCUGCCAAUGUAUGUAGCCAGCAGGGGUUUGUAUAAUUUGAAGCCGCCGACUGUGUUUGUGCCGCCUUGUAUUAAGGAGGAUGUGGAGAAGCUUAUGGACAUUCACAGGAGUAUGGGACAUGUGGAUUUGGACCUUGACUUGGUUGCAUUGGAUGUUGGUGAAACAUAUGAGUUGCGGAAUAACCUUGUUGUGCGGCCAUUUAGGACUCAGCAUUCCAUACCCAGCCAGGGUUAUGUUGUUUACUCAGUUAGAAAGAAACUAAAGAAGCAGUACAUGCAUCUGAAAGGAAAACAGAUUGAGAAGUUGAAGAAGUCUGGUACUGAGAUUACAGACACUAUAUUGUCACCAGAGGUGGCAUUCGCAGGGGAUACAACAUCAGAGUAUAUGCUGGAUCCACGUAAUGCUGAUGCCCUGAGGGCAAAGAUUCUUAUAACUGAGGCAACUUUUCUGGAUGAAGAAUUCAGUAUUGAGGAUGCACGAGAACGUGGUCAUACUCAUAUAAACGAGAUCAUUGAAAAUGCUCAGUGGCUUAGAAAUAAGGCUAUAUUGUUGACCCAUUUCUCCUCCCGCUACCAUUUAGAGGACAUUCGUCAGGCUGUAUCAAGAUUGCAGUCUAAGGUGUCGGCGAAGGUGGUCCCUCUAACUGAAGGUUUCAAAUCCAUGCACACUUAGAUUAUAAGAUAAUUUGGGGUUAAUUUGAUGCUGUAUUAGCUCAAUAUGUUGUAUAGAGAUAGAAAUGAAAAUAGAGAUGUGAUCAAUUGGGCAGUGGAUCAAUUGUAGGCUGUUGUUAGAGCUAGCAUAGAAUAUG